GAGGGGCAACCCGGCCAACCGUCACCGCGCGAGAUUGACCCUUUUGCAUUUGACACCGUUUUAGUAGCUCUGGAAGAUGAAGGGAAAUAGUAGUUUUCAGUCUUUGUUCUUCAUCGCUCUCCCGGACCUUGGAAAAUUGUGCGGUGUCACAGCUACUUUAAACUGUGACUGUGCUGAUGUGAGAAGUGCACAAAUAAUAAUGUGCAGGCAACUGUUGUUUCUUCAUCCAGAAGUUCUUGCUUCCCCAGGAGCCGAUAAAGAAAUUAUAGUGGUAAUUCCAAUAUCCUUUUAUAAGACUGGAAACAUUCAAGCAUAUAUUCAAAAACAUGGUGCAAAGAUGGAUGUUCCACAAAGAGUGAUACCUGCUGUCCUGCAAACAUGUCUUUCCUAUACACUGAUUGCAAAACUUGGCCCCAACUGGAACAAAGCAGGUCAUUUAUUGAUACAUGGGAAAGACUUCCUAAGGAAAACAGAAAGGCAGAAUGCUGUUGUUAUGGAGUUGAAUGUUUCAGAGACCCAGCUGUGUAUUAGUGUAGAGGCCUCUACUAUUCGACUGCCAUUGGCAAAGCUUGAAGACUUUGACAUAUCGAUAGGAGUGUUAAAGAAUUUCUACAACAAUAGAUUUGCAGUAAUUCCAAAACAUUUUAUCUCCAGCAACUGGUGCUAUGUGUUACCCAGUAUGAAGAAGGGACAGAUUGUCAGUGUCAGUCAUGAGAUUCCCCUGCACUGUCCAUUUCAGUCCUAUGGUGAUUUUCAGAAACAUUGGACAAACAUGUAUGGUUACAAUCUCCCUGAGAUUAAUGACAGUGAUGCACUCUACUGCACAGUGUACUUCAAGCUGGUAGGAGAGAGACUAUUUACCUAUCCUUUCUGCUGCAUCAGAAGUGAGCCUGUUCAGUUUUUCCCAAGAGUAGAUUUGGAAGGAGUACUGACAGCUUUCAUCUCUGAUCUAAAAACUGAGUUACUUCACAUCUGUGGAUUUCCAGUAAAGAUGACCAACAAGCCUUGCUAUGCUACAAAUGAAUUUAAUGUUGCACAGGUAGCAGUUCAGAAAAGACCACCAAAUCUGACUACUAAGAUUGACUUGCGGCCUGCUCUAACAGAAAUUCCCUUAGUCAGACAUGUUGUCAGCAACUGUCCUUCAGUUUAUCCCAAUGCUGAAAUUCAGACCAACUGUACUUCAGUUUAUCCCAAUGCUGAAAUUCAGACCAGCAUCUUGGACAAUAAGCACAAAGUAGAUUCUCAUACAAGUUUGGAUCAAGGGUCAGUGGGUGAUGUGAUACUAUAUGGAAGCAAAUUUAGAUUGACAGAGCAACCUGGCGUGGUGCUUCAGAAUUCUUCACAAAAGGCAGAAUCAAAAAACAAUAACUCAACUACCUUUAAUUACAUGAUGCAAGCUAAUUCUAUUUAUAAUCAUGGAACAAAUCCCAUGAUUAUACCAAUAUUUAAAAGCAAACUGCUGCAACCAAAUAAACAGUUCAGAAAUACAAAUAUCAAUGAAGGUAAAAAUAAGCAAUAUGCCAAACAUGUUUUAGGAAAACUGGCAACUUUAGAUUCAUUAGUCACAAACAUAGAAAUAAGCAAGCUUAAGAAUACCCAGGAACAGAAACGCACAACCAAGCCAGAAAUGAUCUGGUUUGGUAAUAUACAAAAGCAAAGGUUAGCUACAAAACCAAAGAAGGAUAAAUCAAGUACUAAACAGAUGCAAAACUCAAAUGCAGGGACAUCCAUGCCCCAAAGCAAGUCAAACACAAAUACAGGAAUGAUGAAACCUGGAAUUACAUCACUUCAGACAUUUGGAAAAAUUCAACAAGGAACUAUAAGUGUCCAGAGAGGAGGCACAAAUUCAACAACAACAAGAGGCACAAAUUCAGUGGUUUACGUGACUGAUAGUGAACCAUCUCAAGGAUCUUGCUCAAAGGGGAACACAUCCUUAAUAGGAAAUCAACACAAAAAAUCACCAGGUGUGCUGACAUUAAAGGGACCGCUGCAACAAGGAAGGGGUAUGAGUUUAGAGGCUUCAAUACAAAGAAAUGUUUCUGAUAAGAAACAAGCUGAAAAAAGGAAGCACCAAGCUGAAGCAUUAAAUUCAAAUCCAAAGAAACCAAAGAGUAAACCAGUUAUCCAGGAUGUUGAUAUGGCACAGCAUGCAAAAACUAAUCAGCUGACUAAACUUAAUAGUGUAACUCUCCAUUCAUGGCUGAAGCUUCGUGGAAUUCCUGUGAAAGCAAGAGAAAAGAAAGAGAAGCUAGUUGCUAAAAUCAUGGAAUUCAUCAAUGAUCCUACAAGUUAA